AUGUCAAUAAUUCUAACUAAUUAAAAACAAUAAAGAAAGCUUCCUUUACUUAAAGAUUAUACAAGGUAAAAGAAAGAGAUGUUAAAAACAUUCUUUACAACUAAGACUAGUAGAUCUGAAUCUAGAUCUAAAUAAACAAAUGAAAUUUGUAAAGAAGAGAAAUCAUAUUAUUUCGAUGAAAGCAUAAAGAAAUAAAAGAAUGCAUUUUAUCUAUCAUAAAAGUUUAUUAGAUAAACUCCACGAAUUUUUCCUGCAAAGACAGAUAUUUAAAUGAACCAGAGCGAAGAGAUAAGUGAAGAUAGUUCUGAGAAAUCAAAGAGUAGCGUGGAUGUUUUUGAUCUAGACAAACAUAAAGAGCAUGUUAAAAAUAAAUUAAGUAUAUGAGAGUUUUAAUUCAGAGAUACAAAUAAGGAUGAAUCAUAUUUUGGGUUCUUAAAGAACUAAGAUAAAUUGAAAGACAUUGCUUAGAAUUUCAUAAAGGAAGAUGGAAUGAAUCCAAUUUACUAUUUUUGUGUUCAUGAUAGUUUAUUUCCAAAAAGAAUUGAUUUAACUAAUUGUUUAGUAGAUAAAAAGGAGAUGAAUUUUACUAAUNGGGAAGAUCUUGAAUAAAAACUUGCAUUUAUGAAUUCUGAAAAAAGUUAAUUAAUAUCCUUUAAAGAAAGUUUUCCAUACAUUCUUAAGGGUAUUUGUUGAUCAUCAUAUUAAUAGAGGCCUUAAAAUGGGUUUUAAAAUAAAAUUCUAAAAUUAAACAUGCCAUGAAAUCAGUAGGUGAAGAGGAGUAAAAAAUAAUUCGCGAUUGUUUUCAUGAAGUUGGUAUAAAUGUGUGA